UUUGCCCAACAAACCAUCAAAUUAAUCGCACUACUAGCCUUCCUGCUACAAAUGCUUCAGCCAUAGCGCUUCCUCUCCUUGGAUCUUCUUUCUCCUAGCGCGUUCUUGCUCUUCUUCUCCUUCCCUUUCCCCCGUGCUCUCUCUUUUGACUCCCUCCUCUAGUUGGAGAGCAUUGUGUCACUGGAUCCCUGAGGUGCUGCUGCAGGGUUCGAUAUGACGUCGACGGCGUACUCGCGGCCGUCGAAGCUGCCGGGCGGCGUCGAGCGGCGGCUGCCGCCUCGGCUCAUGCGGGGCCUCACGUCCAAGAUCGAACCCAAGAAGCUCGGCGUCGGCCUCAUCGCCGGCUGCUGCCUCGCGCUCCUCACCUACGUCUCCCUCGCCAAGCUCUUCGCAAUCUACUCCCCUGUAUUCGCCAGCACGGCCAACACGUCCGCCAUGCUGCAGAACUCGCCGCCGUCGUCGCCCAAGCCGUCCGUGCCGGAGACGGAGGCCAUCCCGCCGCAAGAAACGCUAGCCGGUGGCGGCAGCAGAGGUGACGCCGUGGAUCUGCCGGAGGUGGCGGGGUCCGAGGAGCCCGGCUUGCCGGAAGCAGUAACGAGGAAGGAGAUGUCGGCGGGGGCGGGUUCUGACGAGCCCGGCUUGCCGGAGGCGCUAAGCAGAAAGGGCGACGGCGAGAAUGCGGCGGCGGCCUCGGAGCCAAAGCCAUCUCCCAAGAAAGAGGAAGGGGAGCAGAGGCCCAAUGGCGGCGCGGCAGCUGCAGCGGCAGCGUCGUCGGGCGAAGGCAAGAUGACUUGCGACGAGAAUGGCGUGGACGAGGGGUUCCCGUACGCGCGGCCGACCGUGUGCGAGCUGUCCGGCGACAUCCGGGUGAGCCCGAAGCAGAAGACCGUGUACCUGGUGAACCCCUCUAGCGCCGGCGGCUUCGACGAGAGCGGCGAGAAGCGGCUCCGCCCCUACGCCCGCAAGGACGAGUUCCUCCUCCCUGCCGUGACGGAGGUGACCGUGAAGUCCGUCCCCUCCGCGGCGGCGGCGCCGGAGUGCACGAAGCGGCACGCCGUGCCAGCCGUGGUGUUCUCCAACGCCGGGUACACGGACAACUUCUUCCACGACAUGACGGACGCGAUGGUGCCGCUGUUCCUGACGGCGGGGCACCUCAAGGGCGAGGUGCAGCUGCUGAUCACCAACUACAAGCCGUGGUGGGUGCAGAAGUACACGCCGCUGCUCCAGAAGCUCUCCAACUACGACCCGAUCAACUUCGACGAGGACGACGGCGUGCACUGCUUCCCGGCGGGGUUCGUCGGCCUGUACCGGGACCGCGACCUGAUCCUCUCCCCGCACCCGACCCGCAACCCGCGCAACUACACCAUGGUCGACUUCAACCGGUUCGUCCGCGGCGCUCUGGCGCUGCCCCGGGAGCGGCCGGCGGUGCUCGGUGAGGAGCCCGGCAUGCGGCCCCGGAUGCUGAUCAUCUCCCGGGCCGGGACGCGGAAGCUGCUGAACCUCGACGAGGUGGCCGCGGCCGCGACGGAGCUCGGGUUCAACGUUACGGUGGCGGAGGCCGGCGCGGACGUGCCUGCGUUCGCGGCGCAGGUGAACGCGGCGGACGUGCUCCUGGCGGUGCACGGGGCCGGGCUGACGAACCAGAUCUUCCUGCCGACGAACGGCGUGGUGGUGCAGAUCGUGCCGUGGGGGAAGAUGGACUGGAUGGCGACCAACUUCUACGGGCAGCCGGCGAAGGACAUGAAGCUCCGGUACCUGGAGUACUACGUCGGGGAGGAGGAGACGAGCCUCAAGGACAAGUACCCAAGGGAUCACACGGUGUUCAAGGACCCCAUGGCGCUCCACAAGCAGGGGUGGCAGGCGCUCGCCGGGAUCGUCAUGAAGCAGGACGUCAGCGUCAACCUCACCAGGUUCCGGCCGUUCCUGCUGCAGGCGCUGGACAAGCUGCAGGAGUAGGAAGGGAUUCAGAAAGCGACCAACCAACGGGAAUGAGCUGCAGCCAGUGGGCACCCGGCACAUACGCAUAGAGGAGCAGAGCAGAGCUCAAUCAAAAUGGGGGGAAAUUGAGGAGGCUACUACUAGAGAGGAAGGAAAUCAAUGCAAGGAUCUUUUCCUUGGUAGAUCGAAGUGACUUGAGGUGGCUUCAAAUUGGUAAAUUGGUUUGUGUUUUGGUUUGUAACAACUUGGAUAGUGCACUACAUACACUACACACGGAAAUGUUAUGUUUCAUUCUUUUUUUACCUUAACUUCACUUGGCAUUCUAGUGGAGUGUUAUUUUGUCUAGACAUGAAAUGUGAUCAUAUUGUCCAUAAGUUAAUCGAGCCAAUUGGUGACUA